AUGCUUUCCUUAUUGCCAACAAAAGAUGCUGCAAGGACAAGCAUACUUUCGAAAAGCUGGGAAAAUCAAUGGAUGUGCAUUCCCAAUCUUGUCUUUCAACAACUGUGCCAUGGUGAGAGAACACUUUUCAAGAAUUUUGUGGAUAGAGUGCUUCUUCUUCGUGAUUCUGAUAUAGAAAAAUUCACUCUCUAUUUUCAUGUGCUACAUGAUGCAUUUCUUGUUAAUGCGUGGAUCUCUGCCGUAGUAAGGCAUAAUGUUCAAGAGUUGCAUAUUAGCCUAUCCGACUUUGAAGGAUCAUUUUCAUUGUCUGAUUGCUUGUUUACUUGUGAGACGCUGACACGCUUAAAUAUUGAUAUGCCCUGUAUACUUAAACUUCCUCCUACAAUUUAUUUCUCAAAGCUCAAAAUCUUAGCUCUUAGGUGUGUUAGCUUUUCAGAUUGGCACCCCACCCAGAAGCUAUUUGCUGGUUUUCCAGUCCUUGAGAACUUGUGUUUGGAUGAGUGCCAUUGGAUGAAUCAAAUGGUUGUGAGUAUUAGUGUCCCCAAGCUUUCUUGGUUGACCAUACAUGAAACUGAAAGGAAAAGGUUGACUGAUUUGGAUGGUUGUCAGGUCACGAUUUUGGGAGUUAGUCUCAUAGGAUUUUACUACACGGGUGAAUUCUUCAAUGAAUAUUCUUUAUGUAACUCAUCCUUACUUGAAGAGGCAUCCAUUUAUGCUUGUGGCUUCAAGAAAAGACCAAGACAAGUUGUUGUCAACCGUAUUUAUAAGCUUCUAAAAGGGGUCUCUAAUGCAAAAGAAAUAAUGCUUUCAAGCUAUGCUGUUGAGGCUCUAAAAUAUGCUGCAGAAUUCCCACGUCAUAUGCCUAUGUUCAAUAAAUUGCUGAAUUUGGAAUUACGGCGAAGGUCAAUAAAUCUUGGCUCCACAGCACUGUUGAAGAUAUUGCAAGAAUCUCCCAAUCUUAAGACUCUGGAAUUUAGUGAGGUGUUCAGUCUAUCCUCAGAUUGUGAAAAAGAUGAUAGCAUACUGGACCCAGUGCCUCCAUGUUUAUUGUCACAGCUAAACUGCAUUAGAGUUUGUUGUUAUCAUGGAGAUGAAAAGGAGCUAUCUGCAAUAAAGAUUUUGCUCGAGAAUGCGCUGGUCUUGAACAAAAUAGUUAUAUAUUGUUCAAAGCAUUUGGCAGGGGACUUGGAGAAGCAGGAGAAGGCCAUGGCAAUCACCAUUGAUGGUAUGGUCGCCUUUGUUGCCAUACCACCACCACCACCACCAUUAACACCUCCUUUGUCACCACAUGGUCUUUGA